UUUGGAACUUCCAGAAAGGAAAUGGGCAAUGAACGGAAAAUUAUGGCUCUGCAGAUACUCAAAGCAUCAGUGUUUGAUGAAGCCGAAAACUGUGCCAUGUGUUCACUUAAAAAGACUGCUGGAUCUGUGCAUCGUUUCAUAAAUUGGAUCCAAUGUGACACAUGUGAAAGGUGGUACCAUGAAGAGUGCCUGGGUAUGGCCAAAGAAGACCUGGAACAGGCCAGAGCUAACAAAUGGAACUGCAUAUUGUGCUCUUAAAUCGUUUCAUUAAAACAAAUGUUAUCUUUUUUUUGUUGUUGUUGUUGAAGUGUGCAGUUGUUCUUUUAAGUUGUUAUUAAUAAUUGUAAAUUGUAAAUUGUUUUUAUUACACCGAGUAUAAACACUGUUUUGUGAAAAAUGUAAAAGAAAAGUCUAAAUUAUUAUAAUAUUAAACAUUUUUAUAUGUGAAAUUCAACAUCAGAACAUGAUGUCAUUUUGUAGUUGAUACCAUGUCAAGCUGUCCCCUCAAUCUGAGUUGAAAGU